AUGCGCGAGGCGGCGCGCGGGCGCGUCGGCGUCCUCGGCGGCGUCCUCGGCGUCCUCGGCGUCCUCGGCGUCCUCGGCGUCCUCGGCGUCGCGGCGACGACGCGGGACGCGACGACGAUGUCGGGGACGUGGAGAGCCUCGUGGCGAACCGGUGAAACGACGGACUCUUUGCUCGAGUACAACGCGCACGCGCGACGGUUGGUGGGUGAUGCGGCGCCGAUCGAGGCGUGGGAGGGGGCGGAACGGUUCCUCGCGUCUCUGGACGGGAGCUUGGCGGACGCGAGCGUGAACGGAUGCGUCUUGCACGAGUUCAACUCGUUGCCAAACGUGGAGUCGGUGGACGUGAGCGUUCGGUUGGAGUAUUACGCGAUGGCGAAGACAGGGAUGCUGGAACGAUUAGGGGUGACGUGUGAUCCGCGGUCGGGGCGGGACGGUGGGAAGGCGUGGUGUUUGGGAUUAGAGCGGUCGACGGCGUUCGAGCGACAUCGAAAAUGGUGGCGACGAUUGAGCGAGCGGUACGAAGACGGGAGGCAUCCGUAUUGGUUGGGCGAGUACCUGGAGUUCGAUAUGGAUGUGAACGAGGUCAAUCCUACGGCGAGUGUGUUCAUCGAGCACACGCCUCAGGAGGACGGGAGACACGCGGAAUAUGUGCCGGCGCUACGGGAGUAUUUAGAAGCGAUCGGAGAGACAGCGUCGGAGAGGCUGUAUGAGAACGUGCAGGCGGUUAUCGACGCUGCAAAGGGCGAGGGGUUCAGCACACACAUGUGGGCGGCCGGAAUCAUGUUCAGUCGAUCGGAAAAGGCUGCGAGCGGGACCAUCGACGGCGUUCGCGUGCUCAUUCGCAUUUUACAACACGUGCCCCAAAAAGUUGCGCGGGAGGACGAAGACGGGUACAGGAGCGGGAAAAUGCGUCAGAUAGUGCGGCUUCUGAAGAUGUUGAAAUGGAGCGGUGACUUCAGCGAGCUCGAUCGAAUACACAACUAUUUACCGCAAGAUGGCUGGGUUGGAUGCGUGCUUCAUGUGGACGUCCUCGAUCGCGUGGCGAAGGAGAGUGACUCGUCCAUCAUCGGCCCUCGUGUUGGCGUCGAAGUCCCCAUCAGCGACCCGUCGCAAAAUGUCAUGCCUCAACUGAGCGGUCUCGUCGAUGAUGGACUCGUCGACGCGACGUGGUGGCGCAACUUCACCUCUGCGUUGUGCGAACCUGACGAGAGCGUCGCCAGGUUGCCAACCGACCUGAUGUGCGCCGUCAGACAGUGCGCCGUCAUGGAUAACGGUGAUCUCACAAAAAUCGACGGCAUUGUCGUUUGUCCCACGAUCACCGUCGCCGUGAGUCACUUCAAGUUCAUCGUGCAACCCGAACGCGCGCUCUACGUCAAGCCAUACAUCUCGACGCGGCGUCCGUACAGGUACUGCCUCGACGGCGACGCGUUCUCCAAAGACCAUUCCCUCCCGACGUAUCACGACUGCGACGGCGAAAUAUUUUAUUAG